AUGGAUGAGGAAUACGACGUUAUCGUUCUAGGCACUGGUCUCACCGAAUGUGUCCUCUCCGGCCUCCUUUCCGUUGAGGGCAAGAAGGUCUUGCACAUGGAUCGCAAUGAUUACUACGGAGGAGCGAGUGCCUCGUUGAACCUGACCCAAUUGUUUGCGAAGUUUAGGGACGGACAGCAACCCCCCACCAGCUUGGGACGAGACAGAGAUUGGGCUGUGGAUCUUAUCCCUAAGUUCCUCAUGGCAAAUGGAGAGUUGACCAACAUGCUCGUCCACACUGAUGUUACGCGUUACCUCGAGUUCAAGCAGAUCGCUGGAUCGUAUGUUUACAAGGACGGAAAGAUCGCUAAGGUUCCCUCGAACGAGAUGGAGGCUGUCAGGUCUUCCCUUAUGGGUAUCUUCGAGAAACGCCGUAUGAAGAAGUUCUUCGAGUGGGUCGGUGCUUACAAGGAGAAUGACCCUUCUACCCACCAAGGCCUCAACCUCUACAAGAACACCAUGAACGAAGUCUACUACAAAUUCGGUCUCGACAAAGGAACCCAGGACUUCAUCGGCCACGCCAUGGCCCUCCACCUCGACGACUCUUACAAGCCUAAGCCAGCAAAGGAGACGAUUGACCGUAUCCUUCUCUACCUCGGCUCCAUGGCUCGGUAUGGAAAGUCACCUUACAUUUACCCUCUCUACGGUUUGGGCGAGUUACCUCAGGGCUUCGCGCGUUUGAGCGCGAUUUACGGAGGAACUUACAUGCUCGACAAGAAGAUCGACGAAAUCGUCUACGACGAGGAGGGUGUCGCGAUCGGUGUCAAGAGUGAGGGCGAAGUAGCGAAGGGCAAGCUCAUCAUUGGUGACCCUUCGUAUUUCCCUAACAAGGUCCGCAAGACUGGACGUGUUGUUCGUGCGAUCUGUGUUUUGCAGCACCCGAUCCCUAACACGGAUAAUGCCGAUUCGGUGCAAAUCGUCAUCCCCCAGAACCAGAUUGGUCGCAAGAAUGAUAUCUACAUCGCGGAAGUUUCCUCCACCCACAACGUCUGCGCAAAGGACCACUAUCUGGCUAUCGUCUCCACCAUCGUCGAGACCGACAACCCACACGUCGAAAUUGAACCCGGAAUCAAGCUCCUCGGUCCCAUCCUCGACAAAUUCAUCUAUAUCGCUGAUAUCAUGGAACCCAUCGAGGACGGAACGAAGGAUAAGUGCUACAUCUCAAAGAGCUUUGAUGCGACGAGUCAUUUUGAGACGACGACGGAUGAUGUCAUGAAUAUUUACAAGAGGAUCGAGGGGAAGGAAUUGGUGUUGAAGAAGAGACCGGCGCCUGGGGAGGAGGGGGAUUUGGAGGGUAUGUAA